GGUCGUGUCAUUGAUCAAUGAAAGGAAAGUAGACGAUGCUGAAGCAGGGUCGGCAUCAUGAAUGUGGAAUUUAACGGUGAAGUGUAAGCUAGCUUGUAACAAAUGGAGUUUAAAAAAUGUCAGGGUCUUUAGAAACUUGUCAGAGUUGUGAUAUUGAACAAUUAUUUGACGAAUUUCCACACAUUUGAAGUGGAUAUCUUUGAAACAUGGACAGACGAGCUUUGUUCUGCUUUGUGAUCAGCUGUGUGCUGCUUCUGGCGCCGGCGGGGAUCUCAGCCUCUUCAGAGGCGGGGGAACACAAGAAUGAAACAGAGAGAUAUAAGCUGGUGGUGUUUGACUUUGAUAGAGUGGAGCUUCCCCUGGUGAUAUGCCUGUGGAUCCUCAUAGUGGCGUUAGCCAAAAUUGCAUUCCAUUUGAAUUCCAAACUUCCCACUGUGAUACCAGAGAGCUGUCUCCUCAUUGUGAUGGGCCUUAUUGUUGGAGCUCUUCUUCACUUUUCACACAUUGCCAGAACUGAUGAAUAUGUCCUCAAUGCUGAUGUUUUCUUCAUUUAUCUUCUUCCACCCAUUAUCUUUGAUGCGGGGUACUUCAUGCCUGUGCGCUCUUUCUUUGACAACCUUGGGACCAUCCUGCUGUUGGCUUUUGUAAACACCUGUAUCAGUGCUGGACUGAUCGCUGUAUCCCUGUACGGGGUCUCUCUCCUUGGCUGGUUUGGCCGCACCAUCAGUAUCCUAGACUGCUUUAUUUUUAGUAGCCUCAUUUCUGCUGUGGACCCAGUCGCGGUUCUUUCUGUGUUUGAGGAAGUCCAUGUGAACCAGAUGCUAUACAUCAUCGUGUUUGGUGAAUCACUUUUGAACGAUGGAGUCACUGUAGUGUUAUAUCAUAUGUUCGAGGGAUUUAUAGAAAUCGGAGAGGAGAAGCUUAUUCCUGUUGAUAUUGUCACCGGUCUGGGCUCGUUCUUUAUUGUGGCUCUUGGUGGAACUCUAAUCGGAAUCGUCUUUGGUUUCUUUGGAGGAUUUAUCACCAAGUACACAGAGCACGUUAAAGUCAUCGAACCACUCUUUGUCUUUGUCAUCGGUUACCUGAUGUAUUUAUCUGCGGAAAUGUGUCACCUGUCCAGUAUUUUAGCCCUAUCCUUUGGUGGCAUAGUGCUACGUCACUAUCUGGAAGCUAAUGUCUCACGCUCAACGCGCACCAGCAUUCGCUACUUCAUGAAGAUGUUGGCAAACAUCAGCGAGACUAUUAUAUUUAUGUUUCUGGGUCUGUCUGCCAUUGUUGACACACUGGACUGGAACUUGUCGUUUAUUUUCUUUGCACUCCUCUUCUGCCUCAUAUUCAGAGGUUUAGGUGUGAUGUUUUUGUCAUGGAUUCUGAACCGCCGUAGACUGGUUAAGCUAAGUGGUAUUGACCAAUUCAUUAUGGCGUAUGGGGGUCUGAGAGGUGGCAUUGCAUUCUGUUUGGCUUUAUCCUUAGAGGAAAGGCUGGUCCCUGAGAAGAGUCUGUUUGUCACGGCGACCAUUGUCAUCGUGUUCUUCACUGUGUUUGUUCAGGGAAUCACCAUUAAACCUGUUGUGAAUGCUCUCAAAGUGAAAAAAGAGGGAAACAAUGAUCCAAGAAUGACAGAGAAAAUUCAAGAAUCAUUCAUGGACCAUCUUAUGGCAGGAAUGGAGGGGAUUACAAAACAUUCCAGUCACAACCUCAUGCGGAUCAAGUUUCGGCAUUUCAAUCAUAACUACCUGAAACCCCUGUUUAACAAAGAGGCCCCCCAAACAAAGGCCAAGAAAGUUCUGGAGGUCUACCACACCAUUAGUGUUGCUGAGGCACUUGACCAGGUCGGAAAUGAGGUGGACGUCAACCAAAAAAAGCCACUGGUUUUCUCUGGGGCAUCCAAUGUGUACAAAAGGACACCGUCAGGCUUUGUAAACACAGGUUUCCGAGCAGAAAACAUGGCCAACGAGCAAGUGGAGCCUACAAAUCAAAAUGAGUCACUGACAGGAAACAUGGAGGACCCUCCAGUCUACAAGUGUGUUGAGGAUCCUGUUGUCAAGGAAACUGUUGUCAUAGAGAGGCCAAGGUCAUCACCUCCAGUGGGGGGAGGUAGCGAUACUGCCCGUAAAGGAAGUGAAAAAAGUGAAACCAGUGAUGAAUUUGAGAAUGUGACUAUCAGAUUUAAACAGCCACUGGACCAUGCUCAUGGAGUUGACCAGAUCAAAGAAAAUUCUGACUUCUCAUCUGAAAGCUAUUCCAUUGGGGAAAAUAUUUCUGAACCUUCCACAGUCACCUAUGCAAAUGAGGGGGAACCCCCCAUUGAAGCAGCACCAUUACAACUACCAUUACCCUGGAAAAAGGCACCUGCUCAGGAAAGCAUUAAGGUGGGCAUUAAUUGUGAAGUGCCAAAUACAAUGGAACCAAUAGUAACUGCAGCUGAAUCAGUUUUCCCAUGGAAAAAAUUCCCAAGGGAUCCGAUCCCUUUUUCCUCUUCCUUGGCGUAUUCAGAUGACAGUGCUCCAGUUGUUGCUGAGGCUCCUACUUGGGUUAACAAUCUCUCCUACAGCCACCUGAAAGAAUCAGGAUCCCCCUAUGCUUCCCCUGAAGUGACCUUAAUUCCUGAACCCAGGCAAAAUCAUACCUCUAUUUUUGAUCUUUUCAAAAAGGAUGAUCCAGUAGAAAAGUGUUUGGAUGCAUGUGUGGCUAAAUUAAAUGCUGCUAUGGAUGAUACUGACAGCAAAAGUCAUGCUUCUGGGGACACUAUUCCUCCACCAUGGAGUCACCAUGGUGACGAUGCAGAUGAUCUACCAGUGCCAUCUGUGAUGGAAACAUGUGGAGUUAAAAAUAAUCUCCUAUUAUCCAAUCAUACACUUCCUCCCCCCUCACAUCAUGUUAUCUUACCCACAGUUCAUUUCUCUGAGGACUCUGUAACACAGAGUCACAGUGAUGAAGGGGAGGCCCCCAAACCAUUGAAAUCUCUACCAGGAUCUGCUUCAGCUCCUGAUCUGCCAAAACACUUUCAGGUUAUUGAACCAAUGACCAAGUCACGACUCCAUUCGGAGUCUAUGUUGGAGGAUUUAGACUUUCACGACCAAGCUGUAUCACGAGUAAACGAGUGGUUGUCUGCGACAAUCAGCGAGGAGGGAGGGAUAGUUAUACCAAUUCACGUACCCACUCCAGACCUUUCCAGUGACAAUGAUGCAGACUGCAGCAGUGAAGGAGAAGGCGAUGACGACUGGGACUUUGACCGUGAUGAUUUAUGAUGACAACCUCACUCUAGUCCAGAAUACUCAAUUGUCUUUCCAAAAUAUGCUUAUAUGAAUUUGUGCAUUGCUAGUCAUUGAAUGCCUAGUGAUUGAAAUGUUUUGUUUUGGGGUUUUUUUGAGUGUCAAAAUUUGUAUUUCUUUAUGGCAAUAAGUCAUUUUUGUGCUGAAUAUUUGAGCUUCAAUCAUAUUAUCAUUCCAUAGAUUCCAUGAAAUCAGGUUUAUGACAUUCAUCAUCCAAUCUUCCUCAUUUAUACAGUACUACAUGAUGUAACCAGAAAAUUCAAUGCCAAUCUAAACAUUCAGGGAUUUCACUUCAGGAGAUGUUUUACAUAAAAAAGAGAAAAAAUUAUACGGCAUAUCAUUUUUUAAUUGAAGAACAAAUUUUACCCGCAGUUCCAAUUCUUCUGGCAUUAGUAAACGAGUGAUAGGUAAUUUAUACAUGUUGGAUCUCAGGUUGUUAUUAUGUAACGUUAGUACAAAUCAUUGAAUGUGUAAAUUAUUUAACACUGAAGAAUGUAUAAUUGAUAACUUUCACCUGUCCUGGAUGUGAAGAGAUCCUACUUUGUCACAUCUUUAUCUGCAUUUCCUUUCUAUGAAAGAUAACAUUUGUCACAUUGAACUUCAGACAUGAAGUGUGCUUCAACAUUUUAUGACUUUUAUUUUUUAACGUGAAAAGUGCAUGUGCAAUAAAAUUUUCUUAUGAUAGAGAAAAAAAAAAGCAUCAUGAAAGAUGCUUACAAAAUGAAUUUCCAUUUGGAUUUAAAACAUAUCAUGACAAAAAAUUUAUAAGAAUUACUUUUUUUUUUACUAUGCAUGCAUGUAAGGUGAAAGGAUUGGAAGUCUGGCAAUUUCUUCCUAACAUUACAAUGAGAUUUAAUAUCUGAAAUAAAAAAUAAAAAAAGUCUCGCAUUAUUA